ACACCGGAAGUAGUGCAUCCAUGCUGCAGCAGAGAGCGUAUAACUCACUGACUUUUCUGUGAUAUUUAUUUUUAGCUACUUAAAUUUGAAUUAUCAUAUAGACAGAUUAUGGCUGGAAGUCGACUUGAGAAAUUCGGGACUGUGUUUACACGGAAGUUCUUUGAGGUGUAUGGUAAUGGACCCAGAGCUUUUGAGCUCCUCAAGUCCAACUUUGUAUCACCAUGUCAGAGAUUUGUUAUGAAGUACAGUGAAUUAGAAAGCAGAGGGGAUGUCAAACCUGAGCUGCUGUUUGAAGAGACCGCAAAAGCGCUGCUUGCAGAGGGCAUUUAUUUAAGAAAAAGAGGAGUACCUGCACAGGUGGCACCAAAGUCUCGGGACCUUUUGUUGAACAUGAAAUUGACUGACAUGUUGGAAGAGCAGCAAAGAGACACAGACAUGGAGACAAAUAUUCCAGAGAAACAGCCAGAGGCAGAGAUGGUGAACCCUGACAGACAGACGUCAUAAAUGUACCACUUCUCUUCAGUUAGGACAACGUAAACUGCACCUGCCUCUAGCACAUCAGUGUGCCGGUCAAUCAUGCAAUCAAACACUGAGACACAGAUAUAGUUUAUACAGUUGUGGACACUAUGUAAGCCCAGAUGAGCAACAUGUCUUUCCCCUUCUUGGUGUCAAAUGAGUGAUGGUGAAGACAUGUUUGCACAGUCAAAAUGGUUUUGGCUUGAGGUCUUUAAAGCCCAGCAGCUGUGGUUUAGUGAAUGACUUUAUAAUACAGAUCUAGCAAGUGUUUCAUUUCUGUGAAAGUGUCUAAUGUCUUGUGUAAUAAAAUAUCUGGAGUGUCCAUUAACAACAGGAGUGGAAAAGUAUCUGCAUUG